AUGGCGGCUAAUCUCAAGUGUGCUCCUGUUCUGGCGGCCCUUCUCCUCGUUGCUGCCAUGGUUGGCACCACCAAUGCUGGCAAUAUCGCCGUGUACUGGGGCCAGAACGGCAACGAAGGCACCCUGGCGGACACCUGCAACUCCGGGCUCUACGCCUACGUCAUCCUCGCGUUCCUCACAACCUUCGGCAACGGACAGACCCCGGUCCUGAACCUCGCCGGGCACUGUGACCCGGGCUCCGGCAGCUGCACCGGCCUGAGCAGCGACAUCCAGACCUGCCAGUCCCAGGGCAUCAGGGUGCUCCUCUCCAUCGGCGGCGCCACCGGCAGCUACGGCCUCUCCUCCACCGACGACGCCAACAGCGUGGCCGACUACCUGUGGAACAGCUACCUGGGCGGCAGCGACGGCUCGACCCGCCCGCUCGGCGCCGCCGUGCUCGACGGCGUCGACUUCGACAUCGAGAACGGGCAGUCGGCGCACUACGACGACCUGGCGAACGCGCUCAAGGGCAAGGGGAGCGUGCUGCUGUCGGCGGCGCCGCAGUGCCCCUACCCGGACGCAUCGCUGGCGCCGGCGCUGCAGACGGGGCAGUUCGACAACGUGUGGAUCCAGUUCUACAACAACCCCGGGUGCGCAUACGCCAACGGCGACGACACCAACCUGGUGAACGCCUGGAGCACGUGGACCAGCAGCGUCACGGCGGGGAGCUUCUACCUCGGCGUGCCAGCGUCGACCCAGGCCGCGGGCAGCGGGUACAUCGACCCCGGCACGCUGACGGGCACGGUGAUCCCCGCCAUCCAGGGCGUUGGCAAGUACGGCGGCAUCAUGGUGUGGAACCGCUUCUACGACGUGCAGAACAACUACAGCGGCCAGGUGAAGGGCAGCGUCUGA